AUGCUAGAUAAACAUGUUGCUCGUUGUCACAAGAUUGCUCAAGCCUCUCUUAAGGUUAGAUUAAGUAAAAUAAACAUCUACGCUUAGUCAGGAAUAGGCUAUACAUAGCAUAGACGCACUGCACACUGCACACCCAUACACACACUGCCCCCCAUACACACAUUGCUCCCCAUACACACUGCACACCCAUACACACACUGCCCGACAAACACUGCCCCCCAUACACACACUGCACACACAGACAAAUACAGUGCCCUACACACACUGCUGCCCCCCCAUACACACAUUGCCCCACACACACGACCCCCCAUACACAGAGUGCCCACACAUACAUACAGUGCCCCCCCAUACAUACAGUGCUCCCCAUACACACACUGCCCCAAAAACACAUUCAGUGCUCCCAUACACACACUGCCACCCUCACACACACACACACACUGCAACCCUGACAUACACUGCCGCACUCACACUUCACCGCUCACACACUUCACCCCUAACACACACCACUGCUCCUAUGCCCUAUAUGCCAGCAGACCCCAGGUAAGUUGUCAAACUGUUCUUAAAUGGUAUGACUACUUACACUGGGGUGGGAUCCUGGCACUACUGGCACCAUAACUACUACACUGAGCUGUAGUGGAAGCAAACUAGCAAACAUCAGCACAGAGCAUAACAUUAAUUAAGCCUUUUCCGGCAACAUGCGAAGUACAGGAGCAGAUAUUGUCGGCUGACAUCAACCCACACCACUUGCGGGCCAUAGCAGAGAGUCCGUCUCCGUGCCAGGUGUCUUGUCCCCUCUGCUCCACACAGGGAAUGUCGGGCAGUGCUGUAUGUGCGGCAGGCGGGUGGUCAGUAGCUCUGAGUGCAGCAGCUCCGGGCCGUGGAUGGCGUCAGUGCCCGUAGUCCAUGAAUGCUCCUGCUUUGAGAGGCUGGAUCGUGGGCCCGCAGGUUUUUUGAGAGUGCAGGCUUCCCCGCGGGUAUAUGGACUGCGGCUUGGAGAGAACUCCAUUCGGGCGCCCAGCCCAGAAGAGGAACAGGCAGCUGGAACUGCUUCCGGGGAGGAGAAGAAGUUAGGGUUAUCGCUUGGCAAGACGGUCCCAAAAGGCCUGACAGAUUGCCUCAAAUCUUUUAUUGAAGGCUUCUCUCCAAUCUUGGCCUGUCAGACUCUGUUGGUUAUGCUGCAGUUUCAAUGCGGCAGCCAUCUUGGGUGAGCCGUGUGGCUUGCAGGGUUCCCCCAUCCAAUAUUCUCGGAACAGGCUUAGCGGACCAAGUGGGGACCAGGAUAACCCCCACCGGUCCAGGGGGGGAGGGGGGGGAACUAGACCAGCAACAGGUUAUGUCGAGGAGCCAGUGUAUAGCAGGUGAGCAAUAGAAAAGGGCAGCAGUCGUCUGCCCCACUCCCAGCCCGAGUUGGCCGCAAUUCAGGAGGCCUUGAAUUGCCCUCAAAGGAGCCAAAAUGCCCAUUCCCAAGUGCAGGAACAACACCAGCCUCAGAUUUCUGACACAUGAGGGGUGAAAACUGCCCUGUUAUUAGUGAUAAAAGACUGCUGCCCUCAGUAGCUGAUCUAACAUGCGACCAGUCAUCAUGGCGGUCCAUCCUCGCCCUCCCCCCUCCAAACAAAAAAAAGAGAAUUGAGCAGUAAAACUUCAGAGUCAUGAUCAACACACCCAAACUGCUUCAUUAAGAUAACGUUGUUUUGGGACUAUAGUGUCUCUUUGACAUCUGAAUUCCCCUGGCUCCAUAUUUUGAGUAUUGUCCUGGUUUUCUAUAUUGCUGUCAUUGUAUGAACACUAGCUGUCAUCUCAGUUGUUAAGGUAAUGAGAUUGGUGCUGCACCUUUGCUGAAUUUAUUAUUAAUAGGCAAAUUAUUGAGUAUUACAUUUGAUGGGAAACCUAUUGUUCUUGCCUCUGAAUUUGUGUUCUGUUCUUCAUAUUGCUCAUAAUACUCUCCUGGUCUUUUUAUUCUCAUUCCCCAGCUGAUCACUGUGGCAGCUACAGCUCAGGGAGUCACCAGCCAGAACACCAAAGGAAAUUUCUUCUGCAUGUACCUGGCGGGGGCAAUAGCGGUGGUUAUGGCCAUUUAUGUAUCUGGCGGUGUCUCAGGUACCAGACUCUAAUGUGUGUGAAAGUCACUUCCACUAAACACAGUGUGCCAGAUGAUAAAAUGGGGUUUGGAAUGAUGAAACUUUUUGUUUUUGUCCUCUCUAGUGCCUUGGGAGUGACCCAUUUUUAAUAACCCCUUCUCUACUCAGCACUUUUUGAUUAAAAAAAUGAUUUGCUUAGCAUAUACAUGAUGCAAACCGUAGAUAGCUAACCAGAGGCAUAACUAGAAACCACCAGGCCCUGGUGCAAGAAUUACCCUGCCCCCCCUUCAUGUGUCUUAUGCCCACCCAGCCCUUACAUGUGUCUCCUUGUUCCCCCACCCCCUCAGCCUCUUUUUUCUUUCAAUUUAUCCAGGCUUUUGACAAUUAAAAGAACAGUGCACAGCGACCGUUAUAUUGCAAUAUUGUACACAGGUCUGAAAAAUUUGUAUAAAAACAAAAAUUCAAUUUUCUCUAAUACAGAAGAUACAACAAAAAUAGAUAAAUAUUUUCAAUUACUUUGCUUAUAGGUAUUUGUAAGGACCUUGAAGGUAUUGCUAUCAGUGCAGCUCACUAAAAAUGGCAACAGAAUGUAAGACAAAUGUCUGCAUUUGCGCAUAAUGACUACAUAAAGUAAAUACACUGAAAUCAUACAUUUAAAAAUAAAUAACAAUAAAGGUAAUUUAAAACUGCUAUAGCAAUCUUUAUCACUCUUUGGAAUGAUAAUGUAAUUCUAACAUUCACUCCCCUUCCUGUCUGGAAUUAUAUGACCCAUUCAAACAUUCUAUUUGAGAGCAACUUUACAGGCACUGAAUUAAUGACUAGUGACUUCUAGUAAUUUGUUUUUCUACAAGCUGGUAAUCAUAACUAGAUUAUAUAAGGGUGAGUAAGGAUUUAUGAACUAAAAUUCUAAAUAAGUACCUAAGUCCCUGAGGUAUAUAUACUUAUAGGUUGAGAACUCUGCUCAGUUGCAAACUCUUAUUUUUUAUGAAAGUCUUGUCCACACAAUGUUUUACUGAGUUUUGGUGGGCUUAUUUGUGAUUAUUGAUGGCAUGGAACCCCUAAUUCUCAUAAAUACCAAGUUGAACAUGUUAUGUGGGAUCACUAUUAGCUUCUUCUAUAAUAUCCUGUUGACAUGUGAUAACCUUUCGUUAGGAGGGCACUUGAAUCCAGCGUACACACUCAGCCUAUGUGCCCUUGGCCGAUUCCCAUGGACAAAGCUGCCCCUCUACGCUCUAAUCCAACUGGUGGGCUCUUUUACAGGAGCGGCCGCAGUAUUCGCUUUAUAUUACGGUGAGGCCACAUUUAUCCUAUAUCAGAUAUAGCUAAUCUAUAAGCUCUCAUAGUAUGCUUUAUACACACCUGAAUCCAUAAAUAUUCAAUAAUAUAAAUUAGCAAACCAUGCUAUUGUUGUUGUUUCAGACGCCAUCCAAGAUUACACAAAAGGUAACCUAACAGUCUACGGACCCAGGGAGACAGCUUCAAUAUUCUCUUCAUAUCCAGCCCCAUAUCUCAGCCUCAGCAAUGGUUUUCUGGACCAGGUAAUCUAAAAUACCUAUGAACUUCUUCUGAUUCUUCUGAUGAAGUUAAAGUAAAUGAAAAAUUGAACACCAACAUUUUAGAUUAAUAUCAGUAAAAAAUAAAUUAAUAAAAUGGUUAAACCGUUAAUUCAAUAUUUGAGGUUAUAGAUGGAAUGAUGGAUCAUGUUAGUGCAAAAUACAAGUGGCUAAAUUAAUAUCAGAGCAUGAAGUCUCUCUACAUCAUCUAACUAUGCCAUGAACUACAUACAGUUACCCUAAACAUGUAUCAAUAUUUCCAGGUCAUGAAAGUAGGUAUCAGGUUGAUGAUUGUAAGAUUGUGAGUUAGCUAAUUCGAAUCUUGAGAAGAUCACCAGUCCACCAGUUCCUGGAACAUAUAUUUAAACAACUGCUGCUAAUUGUUGCUUGUCUGCUUCUGACUACUGUGAAGAAAACUGUGGACUAAUUGCCUAGAGGACAUACUAUAGACUAAACGUUUUAUGAGUGUGUGAGUGUAUAUACAGUUGUAGAUAUUUUGCUUCUUUUUAUAAAAGCUGGGCAUCUUGAAUGGAUAUAACUGUUGUGAUUUUGACCACAGGUGAUCGGAACAUCAAUGCUAAUGAUAGGAAUUCUAGCAAUCGUGGAUGCACGAAAUAAGCCAGUUCCGAAGGGUCUAGAACCUGUUGUGGUUGGCAUGCUGGUCUUUUCCAUUGGUCUUUCAAUGGGUUCCAACUGUGGGUAUCCAAUCAACCCCACUCGUGACUUAGGUCCACGGCUUUUCACCUAUGUGGCAGGAUGGGGGUCAGAAGUGUUCAGGUAAGUCGAAUUUUGGUUCUGCUGCUGACCAUUGCUCUUGUAGUCUGAAUUGUUAACACAUCUUAAUUCAUAAUGUGCUUGCUUUGUUUGUUCUUUUUUUAUUAUUUGAUCAGAUGACAGAUAAGGUUGCAUGAAUAUUUAAUAUAAUCACAGGCUAGAAAUAAAUCAGUUUGUUAUGACAGAUUUGCUUAGACAAGAUAUCUACAAUCUUCUGCAUCUGCAAGAAAAUAAUUAUAAAAUAAGCCUUUGGUGCGUAGAGAUAACUGAGGAGAAAAGAUAAUUUAGAGCUACAAUCUAACAAACGGCAUGUAAUAUCUGUCUCUCCCGUAGAGCUGGUAACUACUGGUGGUGGAUCCCUGUUGUGGCACCUUGUGUGGGAGCACUUUUGGGUUCUUUCCUAUAUCAGAUUUUUGUGGAGUUCCACCACCCUGAGUCUGAAAAUGAAGAAGAGACUUUAGAGGUGAAUGCCUUACCAGAGAACAAGAAGGAAAAUCCGGUGUACACCAUAAACAUGGACUAUUCACUGUCCCAUCGACUGUGA